AUGCAGGCUCUGUUGUACAAGCGGGCUCUCACCAUGCAGGCACAGACUGGGAGCCGAGAAACGGCUUUCACCUACGCCGUCAGUGCUGCUGGGGUGGUGAACGCCAUCAGCCGGGCCUGCCGUGAAGGAGAGCUCUCCAGCUGUGGCUGCAGCCGGACAGCCCGGCCCAAGGACUUGCCCCGAGACUGGCUGUGGGGUGGCUGCGGGGAUAACGUGGAGUACGGAUAUCGUUUUGCCAAGGAGUUUGUGGAUGCCAAGGAGCGGGAGAAGAACUAUGUGAGAGGUUCAGAGGAGCAGGCUCGCAUGUUGAUGAACUUGCAGAACAACGAGGCUGGUCGCAGGGUAAGACAAAUGCUGACGCUUUCGUCUUUCUCGGAGGCAGAUUUAGAAGGCCUCAAGACCUGCUGGCUGCAGCUGGCCGACUUCCGCAAGGUGGGCGACCUGCUGAAGGAGAAGUACGACAGCGCCGCUGCCAUGAGGAUCAGCCGCAAGGGCAAGCUGGAGCUGGUGAACAACCGUUUCAACAUGCCGACGCAAGAGGACCUGGUCUAUGUCGACCCCAGCCCGGACUAUUGCCUGCGCAAUGAGACCACUGGCUCUCUGGGCACCCAGGGCCGACUGUGCAACAAGACCUCAGAGGGCAUGGAUGGGUGUGAGCUAAUGUGCUGCGGACGGGGUUAUGACCAGUUCAAGAGCGUCCAGGUGGAGCGUUGCCACUGCAAGUUCCAUUGGUGCUGUUAUGUCAAGUGUAAAAAGUGCACAGAGAUCGUCGACCAGUACGUCUGUAAAUGAAAGCCACCAAAGCAACAAAUCUAUAUUAUAUAAAUCUAUAUAAAUAUAUUUUAUAUUUGUAUAAAUAAACAGAUGAUGAUAAUAAUUAAAGAAGCUUAUUUAAGAGACAUUUUGGGUUUGAAAUUUCCCCCAUUAGGCCAGCUGGUUUGCC